CUUCACUGCUGCGAGGUUUUUUGAACUGAUAGCCUGCCACCUAUGUUUACCUAACAUCUGGCAUAGCCAGAUCCGUCUUUUUGCUGCUGCAGCUAAAGGAUUUUCCCAACAGAACCAGCAGCUAAAUGAGAUCAUGAUUUUAGAAGGAACUGGCAGAAUGAGUCUUAAUUCCGUCACAAGUCUUCUCCAUGAGCAGCCAUCCUGGACAGAUGGAUAUCACCCAUGUAAUGCCUCAGGCAGCUUUUUUGGAACUCAGUGGCAUGAAACACAUCCUCAGUACUGGACAAAGUAUCAGGUCUGGGAAUGGCUCCAGCAUCUCCUGGACACCAACCAGCUAGAUGCCAGUUGUAUCCCUUUUCAGGAGUUUGAUAUCAGUGGGGAACAUCUGUGCAACAUGACUUUGCAAGAUUUCACCCGGGCAGCUGGCUCAGCUGGACAGCUUCUUUACAGCAAUCUCCAUCAUCUGAAGUGGAAUGGUCAAUGUGGAAGUGAACUGUACCCAUCACACAAUGUCAUUGUUAAGACGGAACAAACAGAUCCAUGUGCAAUGGCAUCCUGGAAAGAAGAAGAUUAUUUCUAUGAGGGUGGAUAUGGUGGCACAGUAGAAUUAAUGGAUAGCAAAGCCUAUUGUCGAGCACAGAUUUCAGUGAAUGCUACAAGUCACCAGCCAAUCGAAGAUUCUUCGGACAUGAAAAAAAUAGAUCAUCCUCCGAAAUCACACAGCAAGAAGCACACUCCUCGGGGGACUCACUUAUGGGAAUUUAUCCGAGACAUUCUUCUGCAUCCAGAAAAGAAUCCAGGGUUGAUAAAAUGGGAGGAUCGAUCUGAAGGCAUCUUUCGAUUCUUGAAAUCAGAGGCAGUAGCUCAGCUGUGGGGAAAGAAGAAAAACAACAGCAGCAUGACUUACGAGAAACUCAGCCGUGCCAUGAGGUACUAUUACAAAAGGGAAAUUCUUGAGCGUGUAGACGGUCGGAGAUUGGUAUAUAAGUUUGGAAAAAAUGCCCGUGGAUGGAGAGAAAAUGAGAACUAAAGGAAACUUGAAAAACAGUAACAGUUGUACAAACCUUCCGAAACCAAUAUGGAUGUAUAUAUUUUCAAAGACUCUUUUCUUCUAUUUAUGUACAAAAACAGGGCAAGGGGAAGCAACAAGCUACUUCUAAUGGGAAGAAGGAAGACUAUUGUUUGUUGAUAUUCACUGUAUUUUAUUUGAAGUAUGUCCUUCUAUAGGGAAACAUGUACAUAGUUUUCUGUGACUUAUGAUGUAUGGUUGUGUUUCAAUAUUUGUUUGGCUUCCUUAUGAAGACUUUGGAAAAAUAUAUUCUGGGAUAAAUGUGAUUUAUAAUAAUGCUGUGAGAGAUGUAUGCAAUGGGAGGAAAUCACAGGGCAUUACUUCUUACUUAUGAGCCUGAAAGUGCGCCCUAUUGUUUUCUGCUUAUAAAACAAAUGGGCUUUUAUCUUUUAUCUUCUGUCUCAGUUUAAGGUUUGUAUCUGUCCGCUCAAAUUGAGUGCCUCUUUUCUGAGGUAGAAUGUAGAGAAAGGCAGGCAGCAAAUUAAAUCUGUGACUAAUGACUACGUUUGGCUUGUUAUUUGUUUUUCAUUCAUUGGACAAGGCCAUACCAUCAGCGCUAGCUUGAUCGUAUUUUGUGAUCCAGUAUUUAGAGACAAGAUCAAUCAGCUCAUUCAGUUCUUGAAUGGGAAACUGUUUUCCAGAGAAGAGUUUUUGCCUGCAAGGGGCUGAAUCCCAAUUGUUCUGCCUGCAAAGAAUGUGUUCCUCCUUUAAGCUGUGAUCUGUAUUGAUUUAACCUUAGGUCUCUCCAAGGUGUGUCUUGGCAGUGCUAUGUUACACAUUUGAAUUUGCCCCUUUGCACAGAAAAGCAGGGCCUCUGUUUUCUAUCCUAGCAGAUGACAUUGACCCUUUUAUUUGCACGGAUGGUGAGGAGGAGAAUGAGAGUGAGGAUUUUGUGUGG